GGCUGAGGGAGGAGACGGGGAGGCAUGACUAACAGCAAAAGGCUUUCCCUUAGGAUUCAUGGUGCUUAGCAGAGAUAGGCUACUCAGUCAUAACAUGCCUUGAUGCUGAGGGUGAGAGUGUGCAGACACAGGCUGGUUGCAGACAAUAGCUGUAUGAUCAGCGUUGCAUAUAAAUGGUCUCUUGUUGAGUGUUUCAGCGGUCUUUAGAGCCGUAGCUCACAGGGUUGUAUGGUCAUCCCGUACCUGUUCACACAUAGCUGUUAUGACCCUAGGGUCAGCUAGACAGGGUUCACAUGCCUGUGUAUAUGUGUGUGUUUAGAAACAAACUGGUCCUUAGUAGCGCUGUGGCCGUUGGCUUGUUUAUGAUCAGCCGUUACCUGUACUCACAGAACGUCUACGCCCUUAGGGUGAGCUGCAGAGGGUGUGCAUGCCUGUGUAUGUGUGUGCACCUGUCUAGAAACAGACCGGUCCUUAGCAGCGCUGUGGCAGUUGGCCUGUGUAUGAUCGGGCGUUGCCUGUGCACACAGAGCGGUUACGAGCUUAGGAUCAGCGGGAGAGGGUGUGAUGUGUGUGUGUGUGUGUGCCUCUGUCUAGAAACAGACCGGCCCUUAGCAGCGCUGUGGCAGUUGGCUUGUGUAUGAUCAGCCGUUACCUGUUCACACAGAGCGGUGACAGAGGGUGUGCAUGCUCCUGUAUACAUGACUAUGUUUGCAUUUCGCCUUAGGGAACCCAUCUCCGCUAUAUAUAUCACGCAGUAUGUGCAGCACUCAGGAGCAGUGAGCGCUGUCCACCGGAUAGAGCACACAGCAGGCGUUACUCUGCCACCAGGCUAGCGAGCUAUCAAGAACUAUCAAGAUGGAAUACGUGACAAUUGUCAUCAGAUGGGGCUGUACCCCCAACGAACACAUUGGGUUUAUCACGGACAGUCUGAGGCAAUGGUAUCUGAGCAGGUGGACCUACACUGACGCGGAGAUACGUAGUUUGACAGCAAUGUGCCUUUACCUGCCGGAGGAGGAGGCUACAGGAUACACAGAACGGCUGCUACGUGUGAUGAGGAACCUGUGGGUAGAUCAGGCUUGCAAUAUAAUGGUCCAGGGAGACUUCGAAGCACUGCUGGAGGACACAACCGCGUUGUCUGUCAUCGCUAACACAUACACGGUCACCCACGCGGAUGUCACACCAGCCUUGAGUUUCUACCAGCAUGUGCGUAACACAGAAGCGUUACUGAAGGGGUACGGAUGGACCAUCGGUACGCACACCGUGAUCGCGGACGGAAAGACUAUCUUCCAGCUUCACUGCAAACAUAGACCCCACAGCGUGACGGUGCUGCACCUAGGACAGGAGCCCAAAAUAAAGCUAGUACAAUGUCUGGAGCCACAGCGCCUGUAUGACCUGAUGAAGGCACAUGACAUCUCCUGUACCACGGUGUGGAAUUCCAGGAUAUCCCUUUCGGCGCUAGCCCCCUGCAAGGCACUGUGCGACUACGAUAUGGCUAUGGUAAGGGUGAACAUGAGCCCAGCGGAGGAGGCCUUGGGAGACACCUCGCCCGUUCCGCCGUUCUUCUACCACAACAUGAAACAUAUUCAACUACGAAGUAGGCGCAAGGCCCUGCGGUGCCGCCCUUAUGAGGCGUCUAACCUACCACUGGUAGAGCUGCAGCGCAGGGAUCCAAGCGGGAUGCACACUGACAUCGGCGUAGCCCUGUACUACGGCGAUAGCAUGUCUACGGUCGAGGAUGUCAUCAAGGCGGACGGUAGAUUCCUUCCCACAGCUCGCAUAGCGAAUGGGACUUGUGACAUAGCCAUAAUGGAGGUGGAAGCGGGUUCCGUAAUCACAGCGGAUACCGCAGAAGAGUCCGAGUGUGACACCGAGGACUCCUCCGCCGAGGACUCGAAUGCAGAGGAAUAUAACACCCCUUAGGCAUGUAAGCUCUGGUUGUGCAGCAUUCCGUUAUAUAUGUUUCAGGUUUCUCCUGGUGCUAUCAACCCCGGUGCUGUGUUACAUAUCUUGAGUAUACACCC